AUGGCCUUAGGCCUGCUUGCCUAUGUAAAGUUUCUGACGUGUCUGUGUCUCAUAAUUUUUUUAAGUAGUGUGCAAGACUUGUCUAAUUUUCAAUUUGAAUUACUACACAUUUUUUUCACCUACGACGUCUUUGAUGAAGUCUCAUGGUUCGUUGUACAUCCCUUGCAGUAUACAAAACAGAACCUUCAUAGUACAAACCUUCCAGCUAUCAAGAUUGACAAGGAUUCAGAAGCCACAGGAGAAACUAUACUAGUUGCGUUGAGGCGUGCCCUUAGUCAAUAUUCUUCUUUGCAAGGACCGGAUGGGCAUUGGCCUGGGGAUUACAGUGGGAUUUUGUUCAUUCUACCACUCAUGAUAUUUGCAUUACAUGUCACACGAUCACUGAAUGAAGUUUUGUCAAUAGAGCAUAUACGCGAGAUAUGUCGCUACAUUUAUAACAUUCAGAAUGAGGAUGGAGGCUGGGGAACACACACCUUGGGACCAAGCUCCAUGUUUGGCACAUGCGUGAACUAUGCAACGUUAAGGAUUCUAGGAGAGGUGCUUGAUGGAGAAAAUGAUGCAUUAUCCAAAGGGCGUGCUUGGAUUUUGUCUCAUGGAAGUGCAACUGCAGCACCACAAUGGGCAAAGAUAUAUCUCUCGGUGAUAGGUGCAUACGAUUGGUCUGGGAACAAUGCAGUUAUUCCUGAGUUAUGGAUGCUUCCACAUUUUCUCCCAAUUCAUCCCGGAAGGUUUUGGUGCUUUUGUCGGAUGGUUUACAUGCCAAUGGCUUACAUUUAUGGAAAAAAGUUUGUUGGGCCUAUCACUCCAACUAUUGUGGCAAUAAGAAAUGAGAUCUAUAAUAUACCAUAUAAUGAGAUCAAUUGGAACAAGGCUCGUAAUUCUUGUGCCAAGGAAGACCUUAUCUAUCGCCCUUCAUGGUUGCAAUGUAUUGCAAUGGCUUAUUUAAAUAAGUUUAUAGAACCAUUAUCAAAUCUCUGGCCGAUGAAUAAGCUACGAGAAAGAGCUAUGAGCAACCUCAUGGAACAUAUCCACUACGAAGAUGAAACCAGCAACUAUGUUGGCUUAUGCCCUAUUAACAAGGCCUUAAAUAUGAUAUGUUGUUGGAUAGAAAAACCAAACUCCCAUGAAUUCAGACAACAUCUCCCAAGGAUUCAUGACUUUUUGUGGAUUGCUGAAGAUGGAAUGAAGUCAAAGGUGUAUGUUGGUUGCCACGGCUGGGAAACUGCGCUCAUAGUUCAGGCCUUUUGCUCAACAGGGCUUACUGAGGAGUUUUGUUCAACCCUUCAAAAAGCACACCAGUUCUUAAAAAAUGCACAGGUUAUUCAGAACAUUCCUAAUUACAAAAGCUACUACCGUGAAAGAACAAAAGGUUCUUGGACUCUGUCCAAUGGAGAAAACUUUUGGCCUAUUGCUGAUACUAAUGCUGAAGCACUAAAGGCAAUACUGCUGCUGUCUAACAUUCCUUCAGAACUUGUCGGGGAUCCAAUAAAACAAGAACGGCUGUAUGAUGCUGUUGAUUGCCUCCUUUCUUUCGUGAACAAAGAUGGUACAUUGUCAUCAGCUGAAUGUAAACGGACAACUCCAUGGGUGGAGUUUAUCAAUCCUUCUGAGAGUUUUCGUAAUAUCAUCGUCGACUAUCCAUAUCCUGAAUGCACAUCAUCAUUAAUACAAGCUUUAAUAUUGUUUAGAGACAAGUGUCCAAUGUAUCGUCGUGAGGAGAUAGACAAAAUUAUCAAAAGUGGUGCAUCGUUCAUUGAGAAAGUACAACGAAAGGAUGGGUCCUGGUACGGCUCUUGGGCUGUGUGUUUCACUUAUGCAACAUUCUUUGCUAUAAAAGGACUAGCUGCUGCAGGAAGAACAUACCAGAACAGUUUGCCUAUCAGGAAAGCAUGCAACUUCUUGUUGUCAAAGCAGCUAGCAACCGGUGGAUGGGGAGAGAAUUAUCUCGGUUGUCAAAUUGAGGAGUACGUUGAUAGUGGCAGGCCACAUGCAGUGAACACUGCACAGGCGAUGCUAGCUUUACUUUACGCUGGACAGGUUGAACAGGAUCCAGCGCCACUAUACCGUGCUGCAAAAGAAUUAAUCAACAUGCAGAUGGAGAACGGAGAAUUUCCCCAACAAGAAAUUGUUGGCAACUUCAACUCCUCACUUUUCUUUAAUUAUCCCAACUACCGGAACUUAUUUCCCAUCUGGGCUCUAGGAGAGUUUCGCCGUCGACUUCUUGCAAAAAAGAGUUAA